AUUCUCUUCCUACGAAAUCCUAUAUUGUUUAGAUCAUUUUAUAUAGGCAUACGAAUCUCCCUUAUGUACAAAUGGACAAUGCUAAAAUUUGAUGAAAAUUCUGAGAAUUAUUCUACAGUCAUGAAUAGAUGUCACCAGGAAGCUGGUGAUAUGAUUCUUGCUGGUUGUCUCUUAAAUGGUGGCUUGUUCAUCAAAAUGGGACAAGGCUUGACCACAAUGAGUCACCUUAUUCCAACCCAAAUAACGUCUACUCUUGAGGCUCUUCAUGACAAAGCAAUCGCUCGAUCUCCAAAUGAAGUCAAACGCAUUUUUAUGAAAGAUUUCGGUUCUUCUCCCGAGGAACUCUUCGAAGUGUUUGAAGAAAAACCUUUCGCUGCAGCCAGCUUAGCUCAAGUUCACCGUGCUGUGACUAAAGAUGGGAAAGAGGUCGCUGUUAAAGUUCAGUAUGAAGAUCUGAGAGAUCGUUUCCAUAGUGAUAUAGGCACCCUUGAAUUCCUCUGCCGCUUUGUUAACUUCAUUCAUCCCAAGUUUAAAAUGGCUUGGAUUUUGCAUGAUCUCAAAGAGACCCUUGCUCAAGAGCUGGAUUUUGAGCAGGAAGCGGCAAAUAGCGAACGCUGUCGAGAUGAUCUUAUUAGUAUGGGAACUUUAAAGCCGGAUGGGGAUGUUCAUGUACCUGCGAUUGAACAUAAACUCUCUUCAAAACGUGUUCUCACCAUGGAAUUUAUCCAUGGCAUUAAAAUCAAUGAUAAGGAAAGUCUUCGAAAUGCCGGCUUUUCUCUGGCUUCAAUCGAUAAAAUCAUGGUGACCGCUUUCGGGCGUCAAAUCUUUUGCAGUGGGUUUGUUCACGCUGAUCCUCACCCUGGCAACCUGUUUGUAAGGCGUCGACCUUCUCCAACUUCUCAAUCCUGGCUGCAGCGGAUUUAUCGAUUUUUUGUUGAGUACUUCCUUGAAACACCCGCCCAGCUAGUAAUUAUUGAUCAUGGCUUGUAUCAGAAUAUCUCUAAUGAAGAAAGGCUUGCCUUGUGUGAUAUGUACAGAGCGAUUUUAGACAAUGAUGAGAAAAGUAUGCAGAUAAAUGCCCAACGGCUUCAUGUCUCUGAUUAUGCAACAUUUGGCGAGAUUAUAAUCCAACGACCUUGGCGACGAAUUGGACGCACUCUGCAUAGUAAACUGACAGAGGACGACAAAGCCUACAUUCGAAUGCAAGCUGAGAUGUACUUCGAUCGUAUUCUUGACGUUCUGUAUGAAAUGCCCAGAUCACUGCUUCUUACUGUUAGGAAUUUGAAUAUGAUGCGCUCCAUUUGUCGAAGUCACGAUGAUCAAAUAAAUCACCAUGAAUACCUCAUCUACUGGGCUAUUAUUGGUGGUCAGAUCGCGGAUCAACGUGUUCCGUACUCUGGCAGUGUUACUAAAGCUUGGUUCAAAUUGGAACACUAUAGACUCAUUUUAAGGUGGGAGGCACUGAAGAAUUGGAUUCAAUUGCUGUCUGUUCAUUGUCUUGCUUUGUGUGGAUUGGCGUCAGAUUUGAGGGAAAUUGAAUCAGUGGCAAUUCAAAGUGCUAAGGAGAAACGAAUGCAGCUGAUGGGAGUUUCAAGUACCUAA